AUGACUAGAUCAACUGUGGUGAUAAUUGGCGCCUCUCACGCCGGACUUGGCGUUGCAAAUGGACUGCUUAAAUCAGACUCGGACAAGGUCAAAGUUGUCUUGAUCAAUCCGUCGGGAAAGCAUUACUUCAAUAUUGCGGCUCCUCGAAUCCUGGCUAAGCCCGACUUCUUCAAGCAGGAUCAAUAUCUGCUCUCCAUUGAAAAGUCAUUCGCGCGUUUCCCCAAAGAAGCUUUCCAAUUCAUCGAAGGAACAGCAACGAGCAUUGAUACCGCCUCAAAAUCGAUUAAGGUCUCAUCUCUGCAAUCCGAUCUUCCAUACGACUAUCUUGUGAUUGCGUCCGGUAGCACCACUACCUCCUCCCUGCAAGGAGAGCCGGCUCCUUUCAAAUCGUUCGGCGACCAUGAUAUCGACGCCUCUAUUCGCUCGUUUCAGAAGAUUAUUUCCGAUGCCAAAAGUGUCAUCAUUGGAGGAGCUGGCCCGGUUGGUGUAGAAUUUGCUGGCGAGCUUGCAGAGGCAUUCAAAACCAAAAAGGGCAGUUCUAUUACCCUCAUCUCGUCGACAAAACAUGUCCUGCCCGUUUUGAAGGAAGGCAGCAGCAUUAUGGCGGAGAAGGUCCUCGCAGAGAAGAACGUCAAGUUAAUUACCUCACGCAAGGUGGUGAAGGCUGAGCGCGUCAGUUCCAGCAGCAAAACUCAGUGGGUUGUCAGCCUUGAUAACGGCGAGCAGCUGGAAGCAGACAGUUACAUUUCCACGAUUGGUGCUCUCCCCAAUAACCAAUUCAUUCCAAAGGAACUCCUGUCCGCUGAUGGCUGGGUCAACGUGGAUGAUAAGCUGCGCGUCAUGGGCGGGUCGGAAAAUGGUUCAAUCUACGCUCUUGGAGACAUUACAGUACUCCCCUUGCGCACGGCAAUCAAAGUGGCAGAGCAGGUCCCCGUUGUUGUCGCCAAUCUCAAAGUUGGAAUCCUUGGUCACGGAAAGUCCGCUACCUAUUCUUCCAAUGGCUCUGUCAUGAUGCUUGUGCCCAUUGGGGAAAAGACCGGCACGGGUCAGAUGUUUGGAUGGAAGCCUUGGGGAAUGCUAGUUUCCAUAAUCAAAGGGAAGGACUUUUUCGUUUCAAAGGCAGCUGGGAUGCUGGGGUUGAGCUGA